UGGCAGUUGGGCGAUGAAUGGUGUAAAAUAACCAGCAGCAUGAUCCACAUCCACAUGUACAUGUCUUUUGUCCUGUAUGUGAUUAUCCUCAUCACCCGUCUGUUGACGUUCUACAAGAAAGCUUGCCAGGUGGCGUCCUUUCACAGGAUGCAUGCGAUCCUUAUCAGUUUUCUGGUGUGGAUUAUUGUGCUGAUCACUGUCCCUUUCAUCAUCCAUUUUAAUUAUGGCAAAGACCAUAACAAAAAUGACAUUCAUUGCUUCCAGUUUGGAAAAUCUAUAGAAUCUGUUCUGAUUUUGAACUACCUGACAAGCAUAUUGAUUAUAGUCAUUGCCAUUGUGUUGACAGCCUUCCAGGCCAAUGUCCUAUGGGUUUUAUACAAGAAGCAUCGGGAGGGAUGCACCUUUCAGCAGGAAUUCGGAGCUCAGCUGAAGAGCCUGUGCUUUGCGCUAGUCAUGGUCAUCUGCUUCAUUCCCUACCACAUUUUUCGACUGUCCUACUUAAACAAUAUAAAAGAAUUAGAGGGUACAAAUGAAAUAUUUCUGAGCAUAACCACUUUUAACUGUUUGGACAUGCUUACUUUCCUGGGGAGGAGGUCCUGUAACAUGUGCUUUGUAGGAAAAGCUGCUUAAAAGCUGCUGGUACUGUGUUUGCUUCACUCUUUUUUUAUGCCUGUCAGGGUUCUGGUACAGUUCCAUAAAUUUAAACAAUUUAAUCUUAUUGCUUUUGAAGUGCUUGAAAUAGCAUAAAAAAUGAUUAAAAAACAAAAAUUAUCAUGAAAAUUGCACAUGAAAAAAAAGACUGCAGACAACUCCGAAUGACGCAUAAACACUGGUUCUGAUUAUAAGCUUAGGUUCAACUUUCAGUUUCUAACAAUAAAUAUUGACCUUAGUCAGACAAAAUAUUCCCUUAGUGGCUUAUUUGGCUCCAAGUCUUUCAGAUCACUUUACAUUUGAACAUAAUUUAAUAUAUACAGAGUUUCAAAAAAUAAAACUGACAGACCCCUGACGAUGUCCUUAGUUACGCUUUUGCAGUUUUACAAUUUUUGUACCAUUGACACACACACACACACACACACACACACACACAUACACA